AUGAAAUUGCUCCUUUUAACUAUAUUGGCCAAGUUGAUUGAGUGCAGAAACUAUUCUCUCAAUUCUAAUGAUGAUGACGAUAGUGACAGCGACAGUGUAAUUGGCCCAAUAUUUGCCAUUUGCUUUGGAUUUGGGAUGAUAGUAGCAGCAUUCCCUUGCUUGUGGUUUAAUGAGAGGAGGUAAAUAUACAAUAUCAUAAAAGAAUGGCCAUCUCUGAAACAAGGUUGUUAGCAGCAAGAAGAACUUGUAAAUCAGUCAACCCAGCUGAAGUAGACCCUCGAAUGGAAGAUCAAUUGAUUCAUGUCAAAGGAAAAUUAAGCACAAACGACGUUAUCGUUGAUCCUCAAUUUAAAUUGGAGGUUGGAAACUGUGUAAAACUGAGAAGAAAGGUCGAAACAUAUUAAUGGGUUCAAAAAUCAAGAGAGGAAGGAAGCAAAAAGAAUAAGAGAACAGUAUAUUACUAUGAGAGUGAAUGGUCAUCCAAAAUUGAAGGAUCAUAUCCUAAUCAUGAGAACAGACGUGAAGAUUUAACAGUCCAAGAACAGGAGUUGACAGCUGAAAAUGUCUACAUCGGAGCCUAUAAACUAACCGAUUAUCUAAAGAGCAAGGCUGUAGAUUAUGUAUCAAUAGAUUCCAUUUCACAAUAAUAAUGUGAGGCAGCUAAAGUUGCUUAUCAAAGCAGGACUCAGCAAUAUAUGUAAUAUAAGAAUAUAAAUAAUGUAGAUUUUAUGAUGGCAAAUAUAUUUAGUUUAGAAAAUCUGAGAAUUCAUAAACUAUAGGUGAUCAACGAGUUUUAUUUGAGAAGGUUGCUUGUAGUUAUGCUGCCAUUGUAGCAAGAUAACAUAAGGACUCAUUCAAGCCAUACUUAUUUAAGGAUUCAUAUUCUGAUGAUGUAAAUUAGGACUAUGCUAAAAAUCCUGAUAUGUUGAAGAGCUUCAAUAAAUUCCAUGAAUUAAGUGAAGAGGAACAACCACUUAAUUAGAUAGAUCCAUCAUCAGAAGUUUCAUCUAACAUUUUCAAAUCUUUUGAAGCCCCCUUGAACUACGUAAACUGGUACUUCAACAGAAGUUUCAAUUUAGAUCAAUGCUUCUAGGCUUAAUUAAGUAAGUUAGUUGGAAUAGUGUGGUUAUGUAGAGUUGGUGGAUUUUUUAUGUUUGUAAGAAUUUUAGAUUUGAUUAUUUUAGUUAUUUGGAUUUGUGUUGUUGUUCACUCCCAUCACGACUCUCUUAUAUUACAUUCCAUUGUUGGGUGGGUUCUUAUCCAAAUUGACUGGAAUAGUGUUGGCUCUCUUGAGUGGAAUGUUAUCUAUGCCAUUAACUUUGGGAACAAUCGGAAUUGCUUGGCUCUAUUACAGACCAAUCAAGGGUUUGAUUUAUUCCUCUAUGGCCAUCAUAUCAGGAGUUGCAUGUUACAGAUAUAUUAUGAGCUAUUGA